GAAUGGGUAAUGUUAUAGAUUACUUUAUAUACAUGAAGUGGGUGAUUAUGAACAGUAUAGGCACGUAUACAUGUCUAUAUACAGUAGGCCUCUAUACAGCGUGCAGGAUUUUUAUUUGACAUCGCUGAUGAUAACAAGUUAAACCUCUUAAUGAUAUGCCUGAAUAAAAUGUGUAAAACGAAAUUAAUUGAAAAUGCAUUGUUGUUAUGGUCUACUUUAUCCUAUUAAUUAGGCUUGUAUUUAUGCCGUCAGCCAGGAUGUCUGUGUGCGAGGGAAAGGGGGAGGGGACGUGGGAGGGGCUGAUGUCGGUGACAGUGCCUAGUUUAGCACUUUGCAACAUGAUCCGUGAGAGGCCGGGCUCUGCGGUCCUGAGUCCUGUAGACCCACCGCACCACAUGGAGACUGGAUAAGAGCUACUGUAACGGGGGGAAUGACAAAGAAAGAAGGUGGACCGUCUUCCUCUGGCUAUAUGAACCCGCACAGCAUCAGCAGCUCCUGACACAGCAAAGGCAAACACAGAGAUGAGGGUGACGGGAAGUACUGCCGGUGCACAUUGCGGUCUGCGUCAAACCUCUCUCUCUCCUUCACAACAUAAUGCCCUCGGUGCCUCUUAAAGGACUUUCUGGGUUUAUUAUCUGCUCGUGAACACCCAUGCUGCAGGGGUCCAUGCCAGUAUCUCGGGGUAAACAUCCAGCAGGGACAGUGAUGGUCACUCCGUCUCCAGCCACAUCUGCAUUGUAAGGAAAAACUCGUCCUGGCCUGGGAGUGGGAUUUGUGAAGGAAUAUGCAGAGAUAAGAAUAACGGGUUUUGUUGUUGCAUCCAAAACCAGACAGAGCCAUAGUUGGAUUACCCGGUGUUGCUGUUUGCCAACAUGAACUCGCUGUUUUUCUCCGAUUCUCCGCCCGGUCAGGUCUGCAACGUCCCCACCGGGUCGGCCCUGCGAAACGACCUGGGCUCCAACAUCCACGUGCUGAAAACCCUCAACCUGCGAUUCCGAUGUUUCCUUGCCAAAGUCCACGAACUGGAGAGGAGAAACAAACUGCUGGAGAGCCAGCUGCAGCAAGCUCUGCAGAGACCGCAGUACCGUCACCUUUACGCCCGUGAAGUUGCCGUGCAGACGGACGGUCCCGAGUCGCGGCUGCCGGGCACCAUCUGGAGUUUCACCCACGUCCGCAGGCAAGGGGAGCGCUUUGAGACCCUGCGCGGGCCCGGGGUGACGUGGACGCAUCCGGACGGAGUUGGGGUCCAAAUAGACACCAUUACCCCAGAACUGAGAGCUCUGUAUAACGUGCUGGCCAAAGUCAAGAGGGAGAGGGACGAGUACAGGAAAAGAUGGGAGGAGGAGCUGUCCAAACGAGAGCAGCUGGAGUCCACAGUGGAAUCCAUGCAGCAGAGCGCCCGGGAGUCAUCUGAGGUCCACGAUGAGCUGAACGAGAAGGUGGACAGACUGAAGGCUGAACUUGUGGUCUUCAAGAGCCUGAUGACUGAUCAAAUGUCUGACCUGGACUCCAAGAUUCAGGAGAAAGCCAGGCGGGUGGACAUGGACAUCUGCAGGCGGAUCGACAUCACGGCCAAACUGUGCGAUGUGGCUCAGCAACGCAACUCGGAGGACAUGUCAAAGAUGUUCAGCGUCAGUCCAGCCAGGUCGCUCCCAGAGAGGGGUGCCGCGGCCUGCUGCAGGAGAAAAGAGCGUAAAGCUGUGUCUGAUGAGGAGAGUUCAGAGAUGGAUGCCGAGCCCAGCCCUUCAGAGGAGGAGGUACCCGGGUCGCUCAACAUCACGGACGAAAUGAAACGCAUGCUCAACCAGCUACAUUGUUCAGAUAACUCCUUUGUUGCCAGGCGCGAGACGUUUGAAAUUGACGAUGACUGCGACAGUCUGACGUGGGAGGAAAACGAGGAGACUCUGUUGUUGUGGGAGGACUUCACAAACUACAACGUGCCGUGCACCACUGCUGCAGCCGCAUGCACAAACUCCUGCCACUCUGAUGGCAAUGGUGAAGCCGCUGAUCCAGACUCCCAGGAUGGAAGUCUUGGCAGCCUCAUUGAUGAAACAGAGUCACUAUUUAAGACCAGAGAGCAGGAGUACCAGGAGACCAUCGGCCAGAUUGAGAUGGAAUUGGCCACAGCAAAGAGCGACAUGAACCGACAUCUGCACGAGUACAUGGAGAUGUGCAGCAUGAAGAGAGGCCUGGACGUGCAAAUGGAGACCUGUCGACGGAUGAUUAAAGGUGGCAGGAACUCUCCCUCUAUCAGCUCUGUGGCCAGCAGCGACUCAGGGAACACAGACGAGAUCCAGGACGAGAUUUCGGACAAGGAAGUAGAGGCCGAAGUCCCCGUUAGUUGAUUGCUGCAUAGCCGGGCUUUGUCCCAUCUCCCCCCUAAAUGCCCCUCGUUGUCAAAGGGGUCAAAUGUGUAUAGAGCUCCACCCUGCUAGAGAGGUGGAGCACCCUAAAUCUGGGCCUGUUUGACCUAUUAAAGUUCCGAUGGUCGUGCUCACUGAUGCAGGCCCAGAACUGGUGCUUUUAUACUAUUUCUGUUGUUGGGGGGGGCGCAUCUUUGCUUCACAAAGAGAAAGGGUGCAAAUAGAGUCAGAGCUGUGCUCUCUUCCUCACUGCUGCCUCGCUGGAUCCUUGUCCAGAGCUUCACAUCAUUUUAGGGGAGAGAGAAAAAAAAUUCUCAAAUGUGGCUGAGAAGUAUUUUGUACAGAUUCCUACCCUAUUAAUGUCCUUUUUUUCUAAAAGGAAUUGAAAAUAGUACAUAUUGUGCUCCUCCACAUACAAUUCACAAAAAAUACAUCCAUCUUUACAUAUACUUUUUACUUUAUACUAAUAUUUAAUUUAGAUUUGAAAAAUGUCUGUGCCCCUUAAUUGGAACACUAUUUUGUUUUUGACAUGAUUUGCAAGGGUCCAGGUGGGGUGUUUGCUAUCCAAAUCAAACUGUUGGGGGUUUAAGUGUCUUCUGCCAAGGAGACAAAACAAGGAGUGGAGACAGAUGGUGUUGGAGUUCUGGUGGUUUCUGAGGGAACUCUGCUGGGUUGCCAAAGUUGACAGAGGAACGGAGCACAGCCUUUUGAUGCAUCAGUGCACUACUGAAGUUCUAUGCAAUUUAGCUGGCCUUAUUUUUGGACUGGCUUUCACCCUUCCUUGUUUCUCUUAAAUCCAAUACAAUUAGCCUUUUAAGCAAAGCAGGUGUUUUCUAUGUAUCAUUUUGAGAACUCUUUUUUUGUGUGUGUCUGCGUGUUUGAGUGUGAAAUAAUCAUAGUAUGGGACAUUUGUUUUUUCAUGGACAUCAACAGUAAAAACUGGAACAGUGCCCCCUAAACAGGGGACUAAUAUCUUCAUUCACGACUAUAAUCUUAAACAUUUGCCAGAUGCUACUCUAUACUGAAACAGGCAGUGCGUUGUUCUCGAUUGUUCUCGUCUUGUGCAGUUUAUUUUGUGCCCAUCAAGACAUAUCAUUUUAAAUGGCUAAAAUCCAAUAGUUUUUUAUAAAAGAAAUCAAAUUGAAGUUAUCACAGCCAAACAAUGCCCUCCAGCGUCUUAAGCAAAACCAAAGGACACAUUUUGAAAAGCUUCCCUUUCACAUAAUCUUCUUAGAUGACCACCGUGCAUCAUUUAUUUUUAUUUUGGAGAACUUAUUUCUUUGUUGGUACAUGUGGUUUCGUUAUGAGACUAUUUCCUGCUGUCCUGCAGGGGGACUGUUCCAGACGGGUUGCACAUCCUGCUUUGUCUCUCCUGAAUUGGGGCUAAAAGUGUCAGACUGUACAUAGACGGCUGUAGGCAUGUGAUCGUUUACCCCAGAGGCCUUUUUGUUCAUAUUAGUCUUUUUGCAACAGAUUGAGAUGUCUCACAGUUUCGCGUAUUAGCGUAGAAACUGAUCGACGCAUGGGGACAGAAGUGAUCUUUUUAUCACCUCUUUGUAUUAUAAUGUAUGUACGGUUUGCUGGAUCAAAGAUUAAGUGCUACUUCUAUCUUGGAGUUUUACAAAAGCAGAAUGUUAAAAUACAGGCCUUUGUUACUUCAGCAUGUUUGUUUUUAAUCAAAACAGUGUCUAUCCUAAUCAUUAAUUAAUUGUAUUUGUGGCAGAAAAUGUAUUUUUCACUGUUUUGUAAUCAUUCUGUGUUAACCAAAAACUGUGUUACUGUCGCCAUAUUCUGCUUUUAUUAAUUCUGCAGGACUAUUAAACUUGUUCCAGACGUUUUGGUCACCCAUAAUAAAAACUAAGACAAGAGUGAGGCACAGUCACUCACAGAGAACCUUCACAUCCUGUUUGAGUUGAUGUAAAACCAGCCUGAUCAGUAACAAAGAGCCAUUGUUUUAUUGGUACUGUACUUUGUAUCGACAACAUCAAACGCUUUAUUUAUUGUAUGGCUGUAACAUCCAGAAACAACAAAGUGCACUGUAUUUCACUCUUUCUUGUUGAGACUGUAGUCCACACCACUUUGACCAUCACACUAACCAGCCAACCAAAGCAAGUGUACAGUAACAUGACAAAGAUGUAAAUCAAGCUAUGAAUCCUACUAAUUCUAAAGUCUGUGUUUGUUCAUGCCUACCACAGAUGUGUUAGUUUCCAGACAUUUACCUGAUUUUUCCAAAUCAGCAAUUCUUGCAAACUAUGACAUUACAUUCAGUGUAUUCUCUCCCUUUUCUCUUCUUAAAGCAGGUAAAGUUCCAACGACAUCCAGUCGAUAAAACUGUAGCAACCCUCAUUAAUGAAUGUAGCUUGAUUGGAGGCAUCCUCUAAAGACCUUAAAAGUAAAAGCUGAGCAAAAACAAAUGUUUAAAUCCAGGGAUAUAUGGUGUGCUGUUCCUUGUUGGAGACCUUGGUAUGUUUUGCUUUACUAAACGGGUUCUUACCGGACCAGUUCACAGUAUGUGACCUAGUUGUAUGUAAAUGAGGUCCUGGUGGAUGUGAAUGUUUCAUACUAAAAUGAGUUUUAUACGAUUGGUUUUCAUCAGUGUAGCACUGGGAUUAUACUGUAUGGUUGUGUCAACUGUCAUGUCAACAUACAGUUUUACAUGUUCAUCGGCAUACCUGUUAAAUGUCAUUAUUGCUUGUAUUUAAUUUCAUAAACGUGACAGGGAGAUAAAAGGUGCAGCAAUACUUGGGUAAAAUCUACUGAACUGUAUUGGAUACUUUGUGUUUCAUUUGCAUCACAGGUUGUUGAUUUCAUUUUAAGUGGUUGAUUUGUCUGCUUUAAUUUAAUUGCUUUUCUCUCUUAGAUUUGUGGAAUUAUUAUUUUGUUUAAACAAUUGAUACAAUAUAUUCAUGUGGGUCUGGGGCAGAUUGUGUCACAAUUAUGAAUGUACUCAAUUGAUAUUGGGAGUAAAAUAAAAUAAAACGGUUGAUUGGAUACAAA